AUGCCCCUGAAAUCAGAAUUAACUAUAGAUGUAGGACCCAAGACUACCGGUCAAGUCCCUGCAUGCUGCUCAGCUCGCUACAACCUAGCCCUGCUGGCCUUUUUUGGGUUCUUCCUCCUGUACGCGUUACGUGUGAACCUAAGCGUUGCUCUGGUGGAUAUGGUAGAGCCUAACACAAGCUUAGCAAAGAAUACGACUUCCAAUGUGUGUCCAGAUCAUUCCUCCUCCAUAAAUGUUCCUCGCAACACAACGGGGGUAAAGUAUUCUUGGGACGCUGAUACUCAGGGAUGGAUCCUCGGUUCUUUUUUUUAUGGCUAUAUCGUCACUCAGAUUCCAGGAGGAUAUCUUGGAAGCAAAAUUGGAGGGAAGCUGUUACUGGGGUUUGGCAUCUUUGGUACCUCAGUAUUUACCUUGCUUACUCCCUUAGCUGCAAAUCUGGGAGUUGGCUACCUCAUAGCUGUCAGAGCCUUGGAAGGACUGGGAGAGGGUGUUACCUUCCCAGCAAUGCAUUCAAUGUGGUCAUCUUGGGCUCCUCCACUGGAACGCAGCAAGCUCCUUAGUAUUUCAUAUGCAGGUGCACAGCUGGGAACUGUUGUGUCUCUGCCACUAUCCGGUUUAAUUUGUUACUAUAUGAACUGGGUUUAUGUGUUUUACAUAUUUGGUGCACUUGGUGUGUUAUGGUUCUUCUUCUGGAUGUGGCUGGUUAGCGAUACACCAGAAACUCACAGCAGUAUUUCACAUGCUGAAAGGGAAUAUAUACUCUCUUCUCUAAAAGAUCAGCUUUCCACACAGAAAUCAGUUCCCUGGAGGCCUAUACUGGAGUCCCUUCCCCUCUGGGCUAUCGUUGUGGCACACUUCUCUUAUAAUUGGACUUUCUAUACACUUCUUACGCUCUUGCCCACGUACAUGAAGGAAAUCCUGCGGUUUGAUGCACAGGAGAAUGGGUUUUUAUCUGCCCUACCUUAUUUUGGCUGCUGGUUAUGUAUAAUUCUGUCUGGGCAAAUUGCUGAUCAUUUACGGGAAAAACAGAACUUGUCCACUGUUUGUGUUCGCAAAUGUUUCACCCUAAUAGGAAUGAUUGGACCUGCAGUGUUCUUGGUAGCAGCUGGGUUCAUAGGCUGCAACUAUGCGCUCGCUGUGGCAUUCGUGACCAUAUCAACAACACUGGGAGGAUUUUGCACAUCUGGCUACAGUAUCAACCAUCUGGACAUAGCACCUUCGUGA